UCUCAAGUCCCAGCGCAGACGCUUUAGUUUUAACCCAUCCCUGUACACCAUAGAGUUCUCAUUGUGAAGCUAACACAUUUCAUCCCAUGUGACCAUACACUUUGGAAUAAUUCCAGUAAACAAUUGUGUUUACUAGCUUGUGAAAAAAUGUGUUUUGAUCAUUCCAUCUACCCGCAGCCUGGAAACAAGUCAGACAAGCCAAAGCGAGAGGCGAGUCAGGGCGAGACGACAAGAGAGAAAAAAACUCACAGAGAGACGUGUCACUGAUCUGCCCCUUUUUUUUUCUUGUUGCACUGCUUUCCACGUUUGACAGCAUGGACGAGUCAGCAACAAAGAGGAUUCUCCUCCUGGGGAAAACUGGAGUUGGAAAGAGCAGCCUGGCUAACACCAUAUUUGGAGACGCCACAUUCCAAAUAAACCACCCCAGUGGCUCAAAAAGUCAUCCUUCUCAAGCAGAAACCAGAUCCGUCAAUGGAAGAGGCAUCACUCUGAUCGACACUCCUGGUUUCUUUGAUGUGGGAAGGUCUGAGGAGGAGAUGAAGCCUGAGAUAGUGAGGUGUAUGACGGAGUGCGCUCCUGGGCCUCACGCUCUCCUCGUUGUGCUCAAAGUGGAGAAAUUCACCGAGCAGGAGCGUGCCGUCAUCAGCAAAAUAAUUGAGUCCUUCUCCGAAGACGUUCUGAAAUACGCCGCAGUUGUCUUCACUCACGGUGACCAGCUCUCAGAGGGGAUGAAAAUCGAGGAGUAUGUUGGCCAGAGUGAGGGUCUGAGUGAGCUGGUGAUGAAGUGCGGAGGCCGGUGCCACGUUGUUGAUAACAAAUACUGGAAGACGGACAAUGAAGACGACGACUACAGAAGUAACCGAUUCCAGGUGGCCGAGCUUAUCAACACCGUAGACGAGAUAGUGACGCAGAAUGAUGGGGGCCACUACGCCAACGAAAUGUUACAGGAAGUAGAGAGAGCGAUACAAGAAGAGGAAAAGCGUCUCGUGAAGUCAUCGGGCAACGCUUCACAGGACGUGAUCAGGAAGCAGGCGAAAAACAACGUCUUCAAGAGCAGGACGGAGAAGUCACCAAGAAAGUGGAUCAAAGGUUUAUUUGGUUUCGCAGUCAUUGCAGCAAUACUUGCAGCUGUUGCUGUAAUGUUGCUCAAAUUAAAAGAUGGGGAGGUGAUAACAGAGGCAACAGUUGACGAAGAAACAAUAACAGCACCGAUAAUUAAAGUGAUCGAGGAAGUAACUGAGGAAGUUUCAGAAGUGUCUCCAUCUAUCAGCACGAUAGUAGAGGUAGUUGAAGAUAUUAUUCAGCCCAUUGUGGAGAUACCAGAGAUAAUAGAAGAUUACUUGGACAAAUCCAGUGAUUUGUUUGAAAAAACAUUCGAUCCUUGGAAUAACUUUGAAUGAUGACUCAUGCAGUGUAAAGGCAAGCAGCACACAUUAUACAGCACAGUAAAUGCUGCCUCAUGUUUGCAUCAGCUGUAAGAUUGAAAACAGCUACUGUAUGAUACGGUGGACAACAAAUUUACAAAAGAUGAAACACUUUUACAAAGUUGAAGACAAUUUUGACAUUUUGGAAAACAUUUUGACAUUUUG